CAACAUACCAAAAAACCUGUCACUUGUGUUCCAGGAUUGUAGAAAAGGUAAUGAAAAGGGAGUCUUUGUGAGUGGAUUGUAAAAUGUUUCAUUUCUGUACAUCAGCAGCUCUGGUUGAAAGCAUAUUGUAGUACAAAGCCAAAGGCUGACGGAAGGCUGGGCGAUGGGAACAGAAUAAGUGAAAUAUAAAGACAAAUUCUUUAAGAGUAACUAUUUUUACACAAGGAGAACUCAAUGAAUCAUCAUGUUUUGACAUCAAAGCAAAAUCUAGGAAAAUGGGAAGUCUAAAACUAAUGGUGUUGUGUAUUGCUCUCUGUGGAUUCUUUUCUGCAGUUACUUCAUUUUCCCUGAACAACUGCACCAUCACUAAUUCCCAAUAUGACAUCGGGCUGAAAGUACUUUGCUACAAAAUGGGUUUUUUCAGUGUUCCUCCACAGAUACCCAGCAACACCCAGAUAUUAGAUGUUUCCUUUAAUGCCUUUGCACAAAUAAAAAUCGGAGACUAUCAGAAUUUGCUAAACCUGAGAGAUCUGAAUAUAUCCAACAAUAAGAUUGUGUGGAUCCAAGAGGGUGCAUUUGACAGUCUCUCCAACUUAACCCAUCUCAAUCUGGCCAACAACAAAUUGAAAUUGGUCUCAAGCAGUAUGCUACGCAGUCUAACCAACCUGCUGGUAUUACAUCUUGAUGGUAAUAACAUUGAAGACAUUGAUGAAUCUGCUUUCAACACCCUUCAAAAUUUAAAGGUGUUGAACCUCACAAACAACCACCUCUGUUACAUAGAAAGAGUCAAGCCUGUUCUUGCAUCUCCAGGUUUAGAGGAACUCUACAUUGGAAGCAACCAUUUUUAUGUUUUUAACUCAAGUAAAAUGUCAACAAAGCCCUUGUCAUUGAAAAAGCUUGAUUUUUCCAACAACCCUUUGGGAAUGUUUAGUCUCACCGACAAUAUAUUUCCUACUCUGAACCUUCUUGAUUUGUCUUUUUGUGGUCAAAAUGGAACCAUGACUUGGAAUGUUACAGAACAGACAUAUUUCACCUCUGUAAAAACAUUAUACUUCAUGGAUGUUGACAUAUCACACCAGAGUGUUGCUAUUGUGCUUCAGAGCUUCAAGAAGUUUUUGUAUAAAAUCAGGCUUAAUGGAAACGUCAAGCUUGUUAACAAGACAGAACUGCUGCUGAACACGUGUUCUCCUGCACUGAGAGUUGUUCGACUGAAUGCUAAUAAAAUAACAGACCUCACUGACCAUAUGUUUGAACCCUGUUCAAACCUGACAGAAUUGGAUUUAGGAGAAAAUAACAUAUUCCAGUUGUCACCAGGCACAUUCAGAAGAUUUAUGCAACUACAAAUACUGCAUCUGCAAAUCAAUAAACUAACUAAAGUUACAAACUCCUUUCAGAUGCUUACCACUCUUGAGUUCAUAGACCUUAGUAGAAACAGCAUCAACAAGCUAAUCUGUGGUGAUUUCGCCAAUUUGACACAGUUGAAAAUUCUGUACUUGUACAAUAACAAAAUCUCACAUAUUAGUCCCUGUCUAUUCAAAGACCUUAUGAGCCUUGAAGUCCUGAAGCUUGGGUCAAAUGAUCUGUUAAAGAUUGGUGAUUCUUUCAAAAAUGGGCCCCAUUCCCUGAAGGACUUGCAGCUGAGUUUUAAUAAGCUAAGCAAAAUUGAAAAAGGCAGUUUCAGGAAUGUAUCCCAACUCAACAAUCUGGAGAUACAAGAUAAUCAGAUUUCAGAGAUUGAAGCCAAUGCAUUCAGUGGAUUGGAGAAGCUGACCUCUCUGUUACUGUCAUCAAACAAGAUAACAGCUAGAACAUUCAGACACCCAAAUGUGUUCUCAGGGAUGCCCAAUCUUGAUAGUCUAGAUCUGUUUGCCAAUAGCAUUUCAUUUACUGAUAAUACAUUGAAACACCCUCCCUUUAUAGACCUAAAGUUGCUAAGGGUGUUGAGCAUCCACAGUCAACGGCGAGGAUUUGGCAAAGUACCCUCAAAUCUGCUUCAAGGUUUAUCCUCCUUGGAAAGGUUUUACGGUGGAAACAUGAAUCUUAAUCAUCUACAUCCCAACACAUUCAAGUUUAGCCCUAAACUCUGGUAUUUGGAUCUCUCCAAGAACGCACUGUCAGAAGACAAUGCAAUCCCCUCUGAGCUUUUCCAUCCCAUCUCAGGUCUUACCAAACUCAUUAUCUCAAGAACUCAACUUCGCUCACUGAACUUCCUGUUGAAAGCAAAUCUCUCGAGACUUUCUACCUUAAGAGCCCCAGGAAAUGAGAUUGAUGCAAUUAACAAAACUUUGAUUGAGUCUCUGCCUCGACUCAAAAUCCUCGACUUACAGAAAAACACUUUUACUUGUGACUGUAACAAUGCCUUCUUCAUCGACUGGGCCAUGAAAAAUAACACAACCCAAGUCUUUUAUUUUAACAAGUACACAUGUAGCUAUCCUCCUGCCUUACGAGGCAUGCGCUUAUCUGUUUUUAACACUGAUUCCUGCACUGUCAAUUAUGACUUCAUCUGCUUUCUUUGCAGCAGUAUUUUGGUCAUUGUCACCCUGCUUUUUUCUUUUAUCUGGCAUUUUUUGCGAUUUCAGCUAGUUUACGCAUACUACCUUAUCUUAGCCUUCCUUUACGACAGCAAGAAGAAACAGAUGCUCCAGCAACAAGCAUUUCAGUAUGAUGCCUUUAUUUCCUACAACACUCAAGAUGAGCUUUGGGUCAUGGAGGAACUUCUGCCCAAACUAGAGGGAGAACAGGGCUGGAAGUUGUGCCUGCACCACAGAGACUUUGAGCCAGGUAGGCCAAUCAUGGACAACAUCAUUGAUGGAAUAUACAGCAGCCGUAAGACCAUCUGCCUGAUUACCAGAAACUACCUGAAAAGCAACUGGUGCUCCAGUGAGGUCCAAGUGGCGAGCUUCCGACUCUUCGAUGAGCAGAAGGAUGUGCUGAUCUUGGUGUUCCUGGAGGAUAUCCCCACACAUCAGCUAUCGCCGUACUACAGGAUGCGAAAUCUGGUGAAGAAACGCACUUACCUGCGCUGGCCCAAACCUGGAGAAGAUUCCAGGAUUUUCUGGCAAAAGCUGAGGAUGGCUUUAGAGAACAAACAGAAACCCAAAUCUGAGUGUACUAUUCUACCUGGGCAUUAGAACAAUGGGCAAGAAGCCAAAGACAACAACAACAACAACAAAAUACAUCAUUUGGGAAUUUAGUAUUUUUUUCAAUUUCUACUGACUAUUCGUGACUAAUCAAGAGUAACAGUGAAGGAACACCUUUUUGAAAACUGUGCUUUUAUUAUUAAAGUAAUAUUCCUGGUUCAAUACAUGAACAUUAGCAUAGCCAAUGUUGAUUAACACAAAGAUUAUUUGACUUAUCACUCCUUUUCUUAAAAAGAAAAAAAACCUGCAAACAUCUGGGUUACAGUGAGGCACUUACAAUGGAAGUGAAUUGGUCCAAUCUGUAAACGUUAAAAUACUCACUGUUUCAAAAGUAUAGUCACAAGACAUAAACCAUAUGUGUGUAAACAUGAUUUCAGUCUGAUAAAUUCACUUACUAACCUUUUCUGUGUAAAGGUAUAUCCAAUUCUACAACUUGACAACAUAACCCGUAAAUCCUAAAAUCGCAAAAAAACUGUAAAAAUUACAAUUUGAACAACUUUAUAUCUCAAACAAUACACAAGUUUUAACAGAAGAAUUAAUGUAAGUGCUUUUAUAGAACUACAAGCUUCACAUGUCUGCCUUUAAACCCUGCAAAAAUAGGCCAUAUUCACUUCCGUUGCAAGUUCCUCACUGUUAUCUCAAUUGCAACCACUGUAAUGGAAUUGUUUUUGUGGUAUUCUGCAACGUCAUUCUGCAAAUAUUGCAGAUUAAUGCUCAAAAAUAGAUUUUUAUAGAAUAGAGUAGAAUAGAAUUAUUGCUUUAAGAAUUUUGGUGAACAUUUUCAGGAAACAUUUCUAUUUCAGUAAAAUGCUACUGUAGCUUGAAAACUCAUACAGUCAGCAUGUUUAAAAUAGUCCAAGUAAACAAGUCAGUCUCAGUAGGGGUCAUUGUGGGAUGAUAUUUGGCCCACACACUGGACCCCUAUAUAGCUGGACAUGGGGAAGGAAAGGGCCAAAUAAAAAUCGCCUUUAAGCUGCCACUAUUGUGUACUGUCUAUUUCAGCAAAGGUUACAGGUGUAGAGUCAGCUUUUCUUCCUCCUUUCUUUCUGAACUUUGACACCAAUGUGUCCAUUAGUAGCUGACAUAAGAUCUAUCUGCAGAACUGUUCUGAAGAGCACGUCUCCACCUUCACCACUCCACGCCUCCACGUUGUCUCCCAUUGUCCACUUCCCAGCAUGUAUCCUCUGCUUUCUUGCAGAAGCCUUUACACGCUAAUUGCUUAUUGCUAAUGGUCUACAAUUACAGUACAAUGUGAUUUAAUCAGCUUAAGAGGUCUCUUUGUGCACAGACUAGCGGAUAGUUCACGAAAAUUCUCUCACCAUUUACUAUUCCUACUAGUCAUCUUUCACUUUAAUUGUAUGGAAAAAAGAGGCAAUGAAACUGAAUGACUAACAUCUCCUUUAGUGUUCCACCGAAGAAAGACAGUCAUACAGGUUUGGAACAACGAACGUGAGGCAGAUUUUAUUUUUCAUUGAAGUAUUUUUUGAAUAUCUUCAGCUUCUAUGGACCUGCAGCAGUUUUGCAAGUGCAAUCGGUGUGUCUAAGGAAAGCUGAGAUGUAAGCAAUACUAUGAUUGUUGUUCAGACCAUGCUCUUUUGCUGCUAAAGGCACCAUUGUAAAAAUCUAGGAGGCAGAUAGAAAGGACUUCAGGAGCCUUAACCGCAGGAAUUCUCCUUUCAUCUCAAGCCCUGGAGGACAAGUGCAUGAGUGCAACAUUGAUUUAACACAAGAUACACAAGAAAUCUUCCACAAAUCAAUAAAACACCAACAGUCAUAUAAUUGGGGGUCUGCAUAUUGUUGUUUUUUUGUGUGUGUCUUAGAACACAGAAUUAAACAUUGUGUUAUGUUUAUGUUAGCCUCAUUGUGAAGUAAUGUUUGACCACUUACUUUACUUGUAUUUAUUCUUUCUCUGUUUGUACUCAUACAGAGUCCUUUUUGGUGCUUGAUUAAUAUUUGUUUUGUGUGUAUAUUUAACUUGGGAUACAUAUGUUGGAGAUAACUGUUUAUGUUGUCCUUUUGUAUGGAUCAAUAUGAUUGUGACUUUUAUCCAGAGCUGCUUGACACUCACAGUUAAAGGAAUAUUCCGGAUUCAAUAAAAUUUAAGCUCAAUCAUCAGUAUU